AGAUGGCACUUUUAUGAAUACCGCCAAAACUUAGGAAAAAGUGUCUACUUGUAGUUGAUACAUUUAUUAAUCUGAAAAAAUUUCAUAAUUAUACAAAAUAAUGUAAUUAUUUGUAAUAUAAUUUAAUAUAUUAUUUACAAAAGAAAUUACUUUUUAGAUUUAAAUAUAAAAAAAUGUGUUUAAGUUUAAGUUGAUAUUUGAUAUUUGAAAUGGAUUUAUAUUUUCUUUAAUAAUAUUGUACACAUGGAUCUUUGUUUUACUUUCAAUUGCAAUGGAAAGGUGAAUUUUAAUGAUUGGGAAUUAGAUAAAAAUGGUUUAUUUUUACAAGGAGAAGUAGAAAAUGUCCUAUAUCCACAAGAAAAAUAUUUUUUAUUAGAUAAGAAUAUACAACUUUUUGAUUGUAAUAUGCCAGCUGCAACUGCUCUCUUGGAUUUCAAACAUUUUAAUAAGUGUAUGAAUAUGCAAUUAAAAAUACUCAGCAGGCAUGAAAUUUAUGAUCAAGUUUUAAGUUCAAAAACACAUGAUACUGAUUUUUAUUAUAUUAGAUGUAUUAUAUCAAAAUUUAUUUUGUAUGUUCGAAUGUAUUUGAAUAGUAUUAAAGGAAACUAUCUGUCAUUAGAAACUAUAAACAUGGAUAUAAAAACUAUAAAUGUGGAUAUUGAAGAAGAAUUUAAUUCAUUAUUUAUUAUAAUAAAACAAUUCCUUGAAAGGAUAUAUAAUAUUCCUGAUGCUACAUUUCAUUAUGUACCAUCUAAAUUAGGCAAUCAGUGUACACAACCAGAAUAUCAUAUGUAUCAUAUGCACAUUGAAUUAAGAUGGUUUUUUAUUUCAUUAAUAUAUACAAAGAACAUAUAUUGUGAAUAUUCAAUUGAAAACCACUUGGAUGAAUUUGAAAACAUUCAAGCAAUGAUAAUUAAUGAUUUAAUUUAUAUUUCAUUAAAAAUAUUUGAAACGAUCCCUUUAACUAAUGUACAACAAAAGACUCCAUAUAAUUGUACUUGUAUUCGUGAAUUAUGGCUUAUGCUUCAAAUAUUUAUUGAUAGUUUAUCUGAUAGAAUGAAAUCAAAAACUUUCUGGAAGUAUAUCAAUGAAUGUAUCAAUGAAUUGUUGAAUAGGAAUGCAUCUAAUAAUACUGGACAAUUUCUUUGUAAAAAUACUGAAUUAUUUUGUUUAUGGAUUAUUUAUCAUCUUUCACUUUUAUAUGGAUACAAUAAUGAUGGAAUAUAUUUAGGAUCUAAGUGUUCACGAAUCAGGCCUAAUUAUGAACAAUUAGAGAAGAUUUUGAAAACAUAUAUUUCUAAAGGUGGAAAAGAUGGUGAACGGGAUGAAAUUGAUGAGGAAUUAUGUAUAAUGAUACCUUUAUUAAAUAUUAUUGUUACUAACUGGUGGCAACCACGAGUUUCAAUUAUUUCUCUUCUAUGGGAUUGUUUUCAUAAAAGAUUAGAUGAACCAUUUCUCUUACAAGUAUCUGGCCCUUGGACAUUAUCAAUUGAAAAGAAAACCGCUAUGGAUCUUCUUAAACAAGUAAAAGAGAGACUCAAUAAUAUAGAGUAUAUUAAAGAAUCAAGUUAUGGAAUGUUUUUACGUUUACUUGGAUCUUUUUUACGCAUAAAUUAUAGUAACAAUGAUACAAAAUAUUGGAACCAAAUUAAAGGUCGUAUUUAUUCUAAAUUUUCAAAAAGUAAAGUUCAAGAAUUUUCAAUAACUGGUUUAUAUAAUUUCAUUUCAUUAUUUUUAACAUUAGCUGUUACUACUGAUACUAUAAAUGUUUGUUCAGUAAUGUUAGAUCUUUUGCCAUUGACAAAAGAAUAUAAUAAUGAAAAUAGUAAAAAACAUAAUUUAAUUUGGAAAGGAAAAUUAGCUGUUCUUAUUUUAUAUAACGAUUUUAGAUUAAAUUUAACAAAUAUAGCACCUUUGUACAUAGAUACGAUAAAUACUAUAUGUGUUCGUAAAGAUGAUAUUUCCCGUUCAAUGAUGAAUAAUUUUAUUGAUGUAUUCAAUACAAUUUUAUCAUCUAGUAAUAUUGAAUUAGGACAACAUUUAUUAUUUAGUGGAUGGAUAGAUCGUUACUUAUUAGAAUGUUCAAAUAAAAUGGUUGGAACAUUAAUGAAAGUGCUAAUUAAUAUCUUUGAACAAUGCAUUUAUCUUUCUAAAGUUUCUAAUACAGGUGAUAUAGGACAAUUGCUAGAUGCUUUAUGGUGUUAUGUCGCCUGUAGAGUAAGACAACUUGUUUUUGAUCCUAUUGUUAAUAGUGAACAUUAUCAAUAUAUUUCAAAAUUAGCAGUUUUAUUUACUAUGGAAGCAUUAAGAAAUCCAGCAACAGCAAAAAAACAUAAGCAUUCAGCUAUGUCUUUAUUUCAGCAUUUUGCAUCUUCAGUAAUUGUUAAAGACAUAAGAAUUACAAGACAUUAUUUGGUAUUAAUACUUGAACAGGAACAAGUAAUUCAUGAUUUAAAAAAAGAAAUAAGAAAUUUUGAUACAAUACUUAUACAAGCAUGGAUAAAAUGUUCUAUAAUUGGUCAUGAUACAAAUAGAGAUGAAAUAAAAAUUUUACAAAAUUAUAUAUUGAAAUUAAGUGAUAUACAAGAUAUAUUUGAAACAUAUAAUGAUCUUCAAGAAUUUCAAAAUAAUGAUGGAUCUAUUUUAACAUUUAUAAUGCAUUCUAUGAAAAAACGAAAUACUUUAAAAAUUGAACAAGAACGAAUUCAAUAUGAUAUGAAAUGGAGAUUAUAUUUUAGUCAUUUAGAAAAAUGGAUUCUUUUACCCAUUACUGAAGAAACUAAAGAUUCGGAAUUGGCUUUGUGGAUAUAUAGAUGUAUUGGAACAUUAAUUCUUUGUACUUCUAUCAUGUUAUAUUCUAAAAAUCAACCAAAUAAUAUAUUUAAAAUAUUAGUGAAUAGAACUAUAUUAUCAGUAGAACAUUCUUUUUUAAAAAAUUUGGGAAAAAAAACAUUCUCUAUGAUAAUUUUGGGUAUGGAAACCCUUAAUGUUAGAAGUGAUAUAUCACUUCAAGUAAUAAUACGAGAUUUAUUUGAUCAAUAUAUGCCACUCUUAAUAAUUCCAACUAUUAAUACAAAUACUUUUAAAGUAUCUGAUUCGUUAUUAAAAUGUUUUAAAGAUGGAAAAAUAGAUUUUAUAUGCUUGAUAUUUGAAAUUUUGAUGACGAAUUUUUUUACCAUUUCAAAUGACAAUAUGAUGCAUAAACAUUCUUAUUUGGUAAUGAUAAUUUUACAAAAUUUGCUCAAAGGUGAAAAAGAUUAUGCAUAUUAUAUUGUAGAACAUAUUAUUUUAAUUUGCACAUCAUAUAUUAUUAAAUGCUACAUAAAAGUCCAUGAUCAUCAUCCGCACAAACAACAGACUAUUGACUUUAUAAGUAGUAUUAUAAACAAUAUAUAUUAUAAAGAGGAUAAUACUUUACGAGAUAAGUUUCAUAAUAUGAUAUCCAGUAUUAUUGAAAAAUCAUUAAUAUUAAAUCAGCAUAAUACUUUUGAGCUUUUACAUUCAAUUUUAAUGAUAUCGACUGAAGUAGUACAAGUUUUAUCAUCAAAACUCGAACUUACUUUAAUCAAUUUGGAGAUUAAUCGACGUCCAAAUGCAGCAUCUUUCAGAUAUUCUUGGAAUCAACUUCAAAAUCUAAUAAAAAAGCAAUAAAACGAAUCAUUAAUUCCAAACGAUUUACAGCUGCAUAUAAACUGUCUACAUGUCUUUGAAGCACUGCAUUUUGAGCUUCAUAAUCUGAAGUAGCUUUUCUUAAUUGUCUUAAUUCAGCCUCACAUGC